UCCCUGACUCAUACUUGCUAGGUGACCAAGGUUCGAUACCUCACCAUUCAAAAAUGGGAUGGCAAUCAAGUUUUUUGCUAGGGAUUGCCUUGCCAAAUUUUUAAAAGUGCCGCAAGGCGGAAAAAUCCACCUACACCCCCUACCUUUCCCCCAUGUUUUGUAAUCAAUCAAAAUGUAAUCAAAUUGAGAAAAAACUUUUAUUUUGUAACCAAAUUUGGGUUGUGUAGUAAAUGAAUCAUCAAAUGGCAGAAGAAAAAAUUUUUUUAAGUAAUAAAAUGUUAAUAAAUAUUAGAUUAAGAAAAGCGCCAGAAAAAUUUUUGUAAGUAAAAAAAUAUUUUGUUAGAUGAAAAUUUUUUUGCGAGGAUUAGAACGUUUUAGAAUAGCUCCGACUUUAGCGAGCAUUUUUUUGUUUUUCGAUUAAUUCCCAUAUGUUGAACAGUAAAAUCGUUAUUAUUCUAGAACGUCCCUCUUCCACAUUUUUUAGACUUGACUCGACAAAAAAAUGUCAAAAAAAAUAUGUACAUCAGAGAUCCUGCCAACAUAAAAAAAUCAAUCCCGAUUUUGGGAAUAGGGAAUUUCCGAGAAAAUAUUAA